AUGACGACAAGUCAAACAAAAGAGGGACGGAGCCACGAGGAGCAAAGCACCCCGAUGAGUUUCAUCUCUGUGACGGAGGGGUGGGCGCCAGAAGAGGAAGACACGCCACGCAGGUUCAAGUCUAUAGACCCCGACGUGACAGUGGUUGUUGGUGGCACAACAGAGUUUUUCCAUUACAAGUCCAUACUUUGCACUUGUGACUUCUUUGACAAAAUGUUGUCCAGCAGCAUGAAAGAAUCGGAAACCAGCAAAAUUGAGUUCCCAGAUGGAGAUCCUGAGGCAUGGUUGGAGGUGUACAAGUUCUUGGAUCCUUUCAACUACAUUGCAUUGGAACAACCUGUAUCAUCUCUCCUCACAGAUGAGAAUGUGGAGGUGCUGAUCCCCUGGUUUGACUAUCUUGGCAUGGAACAACAUCUUCAUCUGUGCGACCAAAAGCUGCAUUUUCGAAUCAUGAAGAGCCAUCAACCACCAUCCCAUGACAUGUGGGAACGAUACAAGGACUUGCCCACAUACCCCAAGACCAAACAGGCCAUCAUUGAUGUAACAAAAUUCUCCUCUCAUGAUAUUAUCAGGAAUGCAACAACCACCAAGAAGGCUGAUUUCGAAGAACUCAAGAAGUUCUUAUUGGAUGACGAGUGUGGAGAAGCUAUUUGGAGCUACUUUACUUCUACAGUUGUCAAUCUGCCACAGGGAAUGUUGGAUGAUCUGGACCGAAAGACAAUCAUCGCAUCUCCGAUGUUACAGCACAUUGUUGGAAUGUGCCCAAAGCCAAUUCCAAGAGCUGCUUCGUCGUGGUCGCGCUCUGUGGCAUCCAACCCACCUGCAAAGACACAGUCCUUUCUUGAUUCAUCCUCUGACGAGGAUUCGUCCGAACCUCCGAGGAGGAGAGCUCCCGCUCCCCCUCCACCAGCAGCAGCAAGAAUGCGAUCGUUCUUUGACUCCGACUCGGACUCCGACUCGAGUUAA